AGUUGUAUACAAGAACUUUCAUUCUACGGUUAGCAUAAGUUAUUUUCCAUCGUAUAAGCAAGCUUAAAAAGAAACAAGUACUAAAUUGGAAUCAUAAAAAAAUGAAUUUAUUUUAUACAAUUUUAGUAUUCAGUAUUUUAACAAGCACAACGGUUGGCGCUGGUCUGACGAUUCUAAAGACGGCAGUGGAAGUGAUAUCGUUUGGAUUAGAUGUCUACUCCUUUUUUGACUCUAUAUUAGGAGAUGAUGAGACACAGAGUACCCCGGCACCUAUAGAUUAUGACAGGAUAAUCAACAGAAUCUCGGAGAGAAUAGAAAUGUCAUCAGAAUCCAUUAUUUUUAAAAUAGAGCUGCAAGCGUAUAUCUCGGAGCUACGCGACGUUGCUCUUACUGUCGGGCAACUUCUUACAGAGAUGGAGAACAUCAUCAAAGCUAAAAGUAAAGACACAAGAGAAGAGUUACAGAGACGAUUUCGCAAAAAUUUUGAGAGGUAUGAAAUUGAAAUAUACAGAGUAAAAAGCCUAUUAACUUUCAAAAUUGAGGUGUCGGAGAUUUCCAGUUCAUUGCUGUCACUUAUUGCGAAUGAAUUUGAAUGCGGGAUGACCAGUUUAGAAGAGUUUCAAAAUUAUUAUAUGACACUGGUUUCGGAUGUAGUAGCACUGGCUCUAUUAAAUGAGAAGCUUUCAGACAAUAGUCUGUAUAAUUUAACCAUCGUAUCUUGGCAAACGACAAUAAAAUCUCUGUUUGAUGACAUGGAAAAACAGAAAGAGGAAUGUAAAGGUAAUUUCUUUGAACUGAUAACGAAAGACCUCAUCCGCAUCAAUGAUCCCUCGGACCUUUUUGAAAAUAAUCAAAAUAAAUACCCAUACCAGGAAACCGACGUCUUGUAUCUCGGUGGCAGUUAUUGUUUGUGGAGUCUAAAAGCUUAUGAAAAACUAUUGAACAAAUCGAAAGACCAUACUAUGACUUUAGUUUUUAUAAACGACGAGGAAAAUGUGCUAUCCGACACCUCAGAGCUUCAGAAAAUUGUGCCAAAGGCAAAAUAUGAGAACUGUUUAGACGACAUCGGCAAUAUCUUAUCUCACUUUGAUGUUUUACACAAAGAUCUAAUCUUUUGGCUGAUGUACCCUCAAAGCCAGGCCACCAAAUUCAAGAUUUUGCUCGAUCAAAAUUCAACUGCGAGUACAAUAACCACUGAAUCAGACAGCACCAAAUACACGACAGUUGUUUACCUACGAACGCAGGACCUCAAUACCAACUCAGCCCUCACCCCUAGUGAUUUUGAUGUAAAACUUUACGAAAAGGUUGAUGCAGUUGAUGAAUCGUCUGGUCUAAAGGCAUGGAAGCUGGGCGUUAUAAUUGUUGGUUCAGUUGCUUUUGUUGUCUCAAAUGUUUUAAUAGUAGUAUUGUGGUACAAUCGUAAACGUUCCCGGUUGGAAAACGGAAUGAGAGUUAUAUAUAUAGAUGAUCUAUGAGACCAAAACAAACAAGAAGAUCGAGGAAUUUAAAUUUUAAAUCCAUACUUUAUGUUUAUGUGAUACGGACAUGCGCCAUAUGGGAAAAUUAGACUCAUCGAUUUUUCGCACAAGUGAAAAUAUUUUAUACAGCGCAAAGAAGGAGCCCUUUACUUUAUCAAAUUUAUGGGAAAAUAUUAUAGGUAUUUCAGCUUUGCAAACGAUGUUAUAAUAUUCAAUGCAUUGUCUUUCUUAUGAAUAUUUUAUUUCCAAAAUCAAUUUAAUAGAAAAUGGUCUUUCCUGCGUAUACUUUAUGUCUGUCUAUCUACAAUUAGAUAUAUAGUAAAAUAUGGAAAAUUUGCUGAAAUUUCUUCUGUUUAACAAUGAAUAACUAUAUUCCUAUUUGCUCUUGAAGACCUUUGCAAACGACUUAGUAAUCUAUAUUCAUUUAGCUAUUGUUUUAUAUUAACUUCAGUUUUCUAGGAGAAGAAGAAGAAAAUGGUCUUUUUUAAGCAUUUUGCAGGUAAGUAUAGUUUUUAUUUCGUUGUCGGAGAGACUCGAACAUUCUCGUAUAUUUCCGUCAAUUCUUACGGAAUUUAAGCUCCUGUACGGUAAAAACUGAUUUCUUCUCACCGGCUAAACUGCACACAUGUAUGAAUUAAUAAAUAAGUGGACGUUCCAUAAUGAUUUUGUUUACAGCCAAUAGUCGAUUUUAAACAGCUUAACGAUCGAAAUUUACUAUUUUGAAAAGAAGAAUUUUGAGUUUGCAUAGAAACUGGAUCUUGUUCGAAGCUCGAAAAUGAAAUGUUCAGUGUUUUAUUCGAGCCAGCAUUGAGUCUGUUGAAAAUGGAAAUCUUAAGGAACUGAUUUCGAGCUUGAAUUAAAUUUCGGGAGUGUAAGAAGAAAAAAAGACUCAAAAGUUUCAAAACGUUGAAAUUUGAGGCGGCAUAUUUUGGGCAAUUUAGAAAAUUUUUCUUUCACACUAAAUGGUGAACCAAUAGAAACAGUGAACGAAUAUAAGUAUUUAGGUAUAUUAUUUUCAUUUUCGGGCAGUUUUCUUAAAGCUAAAAAACAAUUAGCUGCACAAGCAAAUAAAGCCAUGCAUAUUCUUUAUAAAAGGAUUUAUAAUUUAGACCUUCCUAUAGAUAUUCAACUGAAACUUUUCGAUCAAACAGUUCAACCAAUUUUGACUUACAACUGUGAAUCGUGGGGCUUUGAUAAUAAUGAUAUAAUAGAGAAAGUACAUGCUGAUUUCUUACGAAAAAUAACAAAAUCAAAGAAAAGUACGCCUAUUUAUAUGCUGUAUGGGGAAUUAGGUCGCUACCCAUUAGAUAUUGUAAUCAAAGUUAGAAUUGUUAGAUAUUGGGCCAAAGUAUUAAGUAGCAGCAGUUCAAAAUUGAAUAGAAUCUGCUAUGAAAAUAAAUUUUUUUAUGCUUUAUUCAACCUCAAGUAAUAAAUGGCUAGAUUGUGUCAAGAAUAUUCUAGAUUCUACAGGAAACACUUUUAUUUGGAUUAAUCAAAGUUUACUAGAUUUACGUAAUUUACAUACUACAAUUAAAAGAAUACUAUUGGACCAGUUUUUCCAAGAUUGGAAUAAUAAGAUAAGUAUUUCGUCGAAGGGCAAAAACUACAGACUUUACAAAAUAAAUGCAAAUUUUGAAAAAUAUCUGUCUAAACUCCCGGAAAGCUUAAGAAUUUCAUUGUUUCAUUUUAGGACGGGAAACCAUAGGUUACCUGUCGAUGUAGGGAGGUGGACCCAGUCAUUUGUUCCUCUUGAGAACAGAAAAUGCAGGUUGUGCCCCCUUAACGACAUAGUCGACGAGUACCACUUUAUGCUAGUCUGCCCCUUUUUCUCCCAAUUCAGGAAGGUUUAUAUACCAAGACGUUUUUAUUCAAGGCCAAAUACACUAUUAUUUAAAGAAUUGUUAAACGCGGACUCGAUUAAAAUCCUAAAACAUAUUGCUAAGUUUGUUAAAAUCAUACUUAACCACUUCAGACGAAACUAAUAAUAUGUCGUUAACAUACAAAAGAUAUAUAGAAAAAGUUGUUACUCACGACUGCAAAAUAAGCCCGUCAAACCGACAAGAUAUGUCACAUUUUAAUUCAAUGCCUAAUGCUAUUUUCCAUUCAUUAAAUUUCAAGCCGAAUGACUCUGACGGUCAGUUUUCCCACGCUACUUACUAAUUAUAGUAUAUUUGCAAAAUUUGCACGAGGAAAGCAAGCGACUCUUUAUUGUAUGACCUGAUAACCAGAUAAAGUUAACUCAUACGUUUAAAACUUUGUUGAUUUCAUAGCACAAGUUCACUAUAUUUUUUACCAUUUUUGAUACAUCGCGAUUUUGUGAACAUUUAUAAGAUUUCUCACUUAUAUGGAAGUAUAACAUUGUCCCCCAUGUAGAUUACCAGAUGAUUGUAUUUACUUGAUCCUUUUCUGUCAUGUUGUUCCUUAGUAUAUGAGCCUGACAGUAAUAAACGUAAAUGUUG